GACGGAGCAGCUCGUCCACAGAGGAAGCUCAGCUCACACUGCCAGCUAGCGUAAUGCUGCGGGACGCGGGAGCCACCGGCUGUCUUCAUGCCUCCGACACACACUGCUGUGAACGUUAACCGAGACAGUCGGACUUUCCGGUGUUGCCUCAGUCUCCGUGACACCGUCCAGCUGCAAUAACAACAACAACCGCCGCCGCUGGCGGACGGACUGUUAGCAUUAGCAGCGCCCCGGAAGGAGGCCGCCGCGGCGCCGGGUGGGGGUUUAACUUUCUCCGGCCGGAGCGCCCGGACGGAGCACCGGCCCAUGUUUCACUGGUCUUUACCUCAGGUCGGUAAGAAUGGAGUCUUCUUUGGGCAUACACAGAGAGGAAUGCCUGGCAACUGUAAGAGGUCAGGAGCUGAGGUCUGGCCAGAAGGAGCCCAGACUACUGUCACUAAUUGAGCGCGGUGGAGAAUUUAUAUUGGGUGUUUUGGCCACCCCCGACGCUGUCGUGUCACGACCGGUGGCUCAGUUGUCGAUACCCAUCAAUGCUAAUUUUGAAGUUGUGCGAGAAGCGGAAGAAGCUCUUCUAAUUAAUUUCUCAGUCAGUUCUUGUGUUCGGAUACGAAUCAAAGGAGAAAAAGCCCCCGAGCUGCUGUUGGAACUCCAGGACGAUGAUCGGACCCAGACUUUCAUCACGCAGUUGAAGAGUGCUCAGGAGCAAGUUGAAUCCAACCUCAGUAAAUCCAAAGCGAUGGAGCCCCUUACUCCAGUUUCCCAGAGAGGCCCUGUCCCCAUCCCUCCUCAAAGAGCCACUAAGACCGCCAACUCUGUGGGCUCGGCAGUCAACCUGCCGAAAUCUACCAGCGCACAGCCUCCAAAACUCAACAACAGCACCUCUGCUAAUCAAAACACCACAGAUCCGGUUCAAUCGCUCGCCUCUGACUUUGGCUUUGAGAACACUUUCAACCACGCGCUCAAAGUGGAGGAAAAGAAGAACCACCAGAAUCGCAUCGUUGCUGCAAGGGAUCCUCCACCGGUUCCUCCUCUACCUCCUCGAAAAGCCUCCUUCACCCCGACCGCCCCCCUGCCUCCUGCGCCCAUCCCUAAAGAACGCGCUGUGUCCUUACAGUCCAAGGACAACUCUGUGAACGCUAACAGCAGACCCGAUAGUUUCAGGGCAGGCUUGGACCGCACAGACAGACCGACGUCCUGGUGCGACAGUCCCACCAGCAACAGCAUGAGGCAGGUCAUGUUCUCCAGUCAGGCAGGGCAGAGGGAAUACCUUAUCAAGCAUCGCCUGGCGAAGAAGGAGAGCGAAUACGUGGACAUCCGUCCCUUCAAGUUUUUCACGGGUACGUGGAACGUGAACGGCCAGUCUCCUGACAGCAGCCUUGAGUCAUGGCUGUGCUGUGACGCUGAGCCUCCUGAUAUUUACGCUCUGGGCUUUCAAGAGCUGGACCUGAGCACCGAGGCUUUCUUCUACAUGGACUCGUCUAAGGAGCAGCUGUGGCUGGAAGCGGUGGAGAAAAGCUUACACCCUAAAGCCAAGUACAAGAAGGUUCGGACGAUACGACUGGUUGGGAUGAUGCUCGUGGUCUUUGUCAAAAAAAUUCACAAGAAUCAUAUAAAAGAAGUGGCUGCAGAGCACGUCGGGACAGGAAUCAUGGGAAAGAUGGGUAAUAAAGGAGGCGUGGCAGUGAGAUUUGUUUUCCACAACACUAGUUUCUGCAUCGUCAACUCUCAUCUCGCCGCACACGUGGAAGACUUUGAGCGUCGCAAUCAGGACUACAAAGACAUAUGUGCCCGCAUGACUUUCCACUUACUGGACCACCCCCCGCUCAGUAUCGUUAAACACGAUGUUGUCGUUUGGCUUGGGGACUUAAACUAUCGUCUCUUCAUGUAUGAAGCUGCUGAAGUCAAACAGCUGAUUGCUCAGAACGAGCUGAAGAAGCUCCAGGAAGCUGAUCAGCUGAACAUUCAGAGGCAGACAAAGAGAGCUUUCACAGACUUCAUGGAGGGAGAGAUCACCUUCAUCCCCACAUACAAGUAUGACCCCAAAACGGAUCGAUGGGACUCCAGUGGAAAGUGCCGCGUCCCGGCUUGGUGUGACAGAAUCCUGUGGAGAGGCAACAAUGUGAAGCAGCUAAAAUACCGGAGUCACAUGGAGCUGAAAACUAGCGACCACAAGCCUGUCAGCUCCCUCUUCAGCGUCGGGGUAAAGGUGGUGGAUGAGCAGCGCCACAAGAAAGUGUUUGAGGAAAUAGUUCGAGCGAUGGACCGAAUGGAGAACGACUUCCUUCCAUCUGUAUCUCUGAGCAGACGAGAGUUUACGUUUGAGAAUGUUAAAUUCAGGCAGCUUCAGCGGGAGCGCUUCCUCAUAAAAAACGACGGGCAGGUACCUUGUCACUUUGCAUUCAUCCCCAAACUCAACGACUCGGUGUACUCCAAAUCCUGGCUGCGCGCCGAGCCCAGCGAUGGAUUCCUAGAGCCAAAUGAGACCCUGGAGAUCUAUCUGGAGGUGUAUGUCAGUAAAGACUCCGUCACACUGCUGAACUCUGGAGAAGACAAGAUAGAGGACAUCCUGGUGCUCCAUCUGGACCGCGGCAAGGACUACUUCAUCACCAUCUCCGGGAACUACCAGCCCAGCUGCUUCGGGACGUCGCUGGAGACGCUGUGCCGCAUGAAGAAGCCCAUCAGAGAGAUCCCCAUCACCAAGCUCAUCGACCUGGGAGAGGACAGCUACAUGGAAAAGGAAAAGUCGAAGGUGAACUUUUUGAUGGUUGGGGGCAGCACAGAGGACAAACCUUUGAAGAUCCCCAAAGAGGUCUGGAUUCUGGUGAACCACCUCUUCACCAAGUCCUGUGAUCAGGAGGACUUGUUUCAGACGCCAGGACUACAGGAGGAGCUGCAGAGCAUCAUCGACUGUCUGGACACCAGCAUCCCGGACUCCAUCCCUGGAUGUAACCACUCCGUAGCCGAAGCUCUGCUCAUCUUCCUGGAGGCCUUGCCGGAGCCAGUAGUGUGUUAUGAACUCUACCAUCGGUGCCUAGACUGCGCUCACGACAGCCGCCUCUGCAAACAGCUGAUCUCCCAGUUGCCCCGGGCUCACCGCAAUGUGUUCCGCUACUUGAUGGCCUUUUUGAAAGAACUUCUCAAACACUCGCACAACAAUAACCUAACAGCCAGCCUCAUAGCUACCCUGUUCGCCAGUCUCCUGAUCCGACCUCCUCCCAACCUGGUGGGACGGCAGACGUCACACGAGCGACAGAAAGCCAUCGACUUCAUCCUGGGGUUCCUCAUGGCAGGAGACGAGGAGUAACUCCAGUCGACGGUUCCUCGUAACACGACCCGCUUGGUAUUCUGUCAUCUGUUGGAAACCGCUGCAGCUGCUCUGCACCGUUUGAGAAACACUCACGCUGGAGGAACCCAAGACUUCCAGCAGGACUCUGAUGGUUUUAGCCAGUGUCAUACCUUCAGACUACAGUAUGAGCAAACGCUGGAUGUCGAAGCACUUUGGAGAGGCUUGAACUGAUGCCUACGCACUUUGUGAUGAGCUAAAGGACCUGUGCCUCCAGCAGAAAGUCGUCUUUAUUCUCCUUUGAGACUCUUUUAUUGUCGGUGCUCAUGCCAAAAUAACCCAGAACAGUGAGUGGCGUGAAUGUGAAAACACUAUGUAUCCGUAAACGUAAGACUCUUGUACACUAAAGACAGGAAACACUUUCCUGAAGUUUAAAAUUGGUCGACUGAAAAUGUAAAUGUGUAUCGUUCAAUUGUUUGAAAUGGGAUAAAUAUGGAAAUCUGUCACUAAGAAUGUUGGAGCUUCAGAUAAAAUCAUGACAAUCAUUUGUUUUGCAGCAUUUUAUCUGAAAAGACAAUAUCAAGAUCAGUUAGCGUUUGUCAGCAAAUCCAUGAUAUUUUAUGUUAUUUAUAUACUUUUUUUUUUCUGAACAGUUUAUUUUCGGGCCUGCUUUAGUUUUUAGUUUUGUUGGAGGUUUGUUUUUUUUUGUUUUUUUUUUUUUCUUUUCUCACCCCGUCGUUGGAAACUCUCCUCUGUGAAGGUUUGCAUUAUUUCUGUGUAACUUAAACCGAGCGCCUUCCCUCCGGUUCUGUCAGUUCCUCCUGAGUUAAAAAAAAAAAAAAAAAAAAAAACCAAGCCUGCUGAAGCACUAACUUCCUGGUUUGCCACGGUCGAGCGGAGACUCGUCUUCCGUGGUUCUCGAUGUCUUAAACUGUGUAUAUAGUGGCCGUUUAUCCGUCUCCGGGAGCCUGUUUGUUCGGUGUCUGCAGUCUGUGAUGGAGCUGGUGCUGUCCGUCUGUCUGUCGGCUGGCGUCCUUUUCCUCUCUUUCCUCUCUCUCUUCAACACGCGGCCAUUGGAUUCAUGGGUAGGAAUGAAUUGGGACUUAGAUCAUUGCAGGAUGCAUGAUUAUUGGCAGGGAGAAGCGUGUAUCGUUCAACCAUUUCGUCGUGAUGAUCGUCAUUUCUCCUCUUGAUGCCUGAAAUUUUUUUUUUUUUUUUUUUUUUUUUUUUUUUUUUUCCUUCUCACACGAUUUUGUCUUUAGAGGCAUUGAAAUUUCUGACAAUCGUGGCUCGCCUACAAACACCCGCUGAUGUCUUCUGCCUUAUUGCCAUCUGUAUGUUCUUCUGUUGGCCGCGGUCCAGCCGAGCUUUGCCAAAAGGUGGUUAGAGCCUGAAGGAAACGGCUCCUGGUGACUCAGGUUUGGGAGAGUUGCCCUUCACUGGGUGUUCACCACCUCAGUCACAUCAAACAAAAAAAAAAAAAAAAAAAAUCAGUAUAAUCAAUAUCGUCUGAUUUUCAG